GGCAAACCAAAGAACCAAUAUCAAGGAGACGUGUCCCACGCAACCAACCUUCCUCUCGCUCUCUGCCCGUUUUUCAACAGAAUUAACUCUUCUUUCUUCUGUAUAUGUUGAUGGCACUCUGAAACUCUUGUUGCUCACUUCCAAGAUCUUUCCUUUCUUCUCAGUUUGUUCCAACCCCUUCAUUUUUUCUUUGCCCAAAUGGAUCAACAAAGAGAUUUUGUACUUACCCAGAUGAGAAAAUCUGUUGAGAAGCUUGGUUCUUCUGCAGAGGGGUAUGGAGACCAUACACUGUUUAGGUUUUUGAUUGCUCGAUCAAUGGAAGUGGAAAAAGCUGCAAAAAUGUUUGUGCAGUGGCAGAAGUGGAGGAGUGCCAUGGUUCCUAAUGGAUUUAUUUCAGAAUCUGAAAUUCCAGAUGAACUGGAAGCAAGGAAAAUCUUCUUGCAGGGUUUGUCUGGAGAUAAAUUCCCUCUCAUGAUUGUUCAAACCAACAGACAUUUUUCUGCCAAGGAUCAGAUUCAAUUCAAGAAAUUUGUUGUAUAUUUACUGGACAAGACAAUUGCAAGUGCUUUCAAAGGAAGGGAGGUAGGGAAUGAGAAGUUGAUUGGGAUUAUUGAUCUACAAAACAUUUCAUAUAAAAACAUUGAUGCACGUGGGUUGAUCACAGGAUUUCAAUUUUUACAGAGUUACUACCCUGAACGUUUGGCAAAGUGCUACAUUUUGCACAUGCCAUGGUUUUUUGUGAGUGUUUGGAAACUAGUUUCUCGUUUCCUAGAGAAGGCUACCCUAGAAAAGAUUGUAAUUGUGACCAAUGAGGAUGAGACAAGAGAGUUUGUAAGAGAGGUUGGUGAAGAGGUUCUUCCAGAAGUAUAUGGUGGAAAAGCCAAGCUUGUAGCAAUCCAAGAUGUUGAAUUGGAACCACUGCAAAAUGGAUCAAACUGAUUAAGGAAAAUAUCAUUAACAGGUGGAUCUUGGUUGGAAGCUGCUAUCAUUGUUAUCCACAACUUCUCUUAUACUUCAAGUGAUAGGAAAUCUCACUUUAUUGAAGAAUUCAAUCUAAAGUCGUAGACUUCCUCACAAAAUAAAAAA